CACGUAACAUCAGUCUGAAGACGCGAUCCAACGCGCUCGUUGCGUAUGUAUUUUGCGAUAGUGAAAAUUAUGUGAAUAAAUACCGGAUAUUGUAAAAUUAUUAUUUAUAAAAUGUUUAUUUAUUGUGAAACUCGAUUGCCUGAGUAAAAAUAAACAUUUAAACGGUUGAUUUACGAUGAUAAUACGUUUUUAUUGGUAUGUAUUACUUGUAACCGCCAAAACUUGAGUAUCGACGCCAUCUUAAAAGUUUUUGUUGACAAAUUUAGUCCAAAUCAACCAACACCAUAUUGAUAUUUUUAAAUAUUCAAUUGUUUUUCUCGUGAUUACGUAUAAGGCUUUCAAAUGGGUUAGAACUUUUUCCCCACCGGUCUCCGUUUAUCUGCUCUCUUUAUUUUUUAUUUUUCAUUUAAUACUGCGUAACUUUGUGAACAUAAACAUUGAAACACUAACCCCGACAGCGCCUUAAAUAGUAUGUUGAUGUUAAUUCCAAGUUAUUGGAACUAGUUGGAAUAAGAUAAGCAAUCAUGUUUUAUGCACAUUUUGUAUUGGCCAAAAAGGGCCCGUUGGCCAGGAUUUGGUUGGCGGCUCAUUGGGACAAAAAAUUAACUAAAGCACAUGUUUUUGAAACAAAUAUUGAAAAAUCCGUCGAUGGAAUUUUGCAGCCAAAAGUUAAAAUGGCUUUGAGAACAUCAGGACAUCUUCUGCUGGGAGUAGUAAGAAUCUACUCCCGCAAAGCCAAGUACUUGUUGGCAGAUUGUAAUGAGGCAUUUGUUAAAAUAAAAAUGGCCUUUAGACCAGGUAUGGUCGAUUUACCCGAGGAACAUCGGGAGGCUGCAGUGACAGCAAUUACAUUGCCAGAAGUGUUCCACGACUUUGAUACGGCGAUGCCGGAGCUGAAGGACGUUGACAUUGAGGCGCAGUUCAGCUUGAACCAGUCCCGCGUUGAAGAAAUCACGAUGCGAGAAGACUACGGGAACUUGUCCCUGGUAACGCAUGAUCAGGGCUUUGGAGACAUGAGUUUCGACGCAGACCCCCCAGAACUGCUGAGACAUGGCUCGACGAUGGAAGCUCAGUUGGACCAGAGCCAUAUGUUGUUCAGCGACGGACCCAGUAUCGAGGCAGCGCUCGAACCCAAAGAAAAAGAACCCAUUGCCGGUACUUCCACGGCUCAGCCGAUGGAUAUUGACACUCCUAUUCGGGAUGAUGGGUUCGGAGGCCACUUGGGCCAGGAUAUCAUUUCAGGAGGACUGUUUGAAGGCGGCUUGUUUGAUGAAGCGCCCAUGGGGGAAGUGCCAGUUCCUGAAGUUAGUAAUAUGACUGAUCAGCAAGACUCCGUGGCUGCUGUACCGGGUGCUCCUUCGGUACACGAUGACUCUGAUGACAUGGGUGAUCAUUUUGGUGGAGCUCCCUCGCCUAUGGGUGGAAUGAGUUCCGAUGGAUCGCGUCCUACGACUCCUGUUACUCAGGUUGAUGGAAUCGCAGGCAGGGCAAGUGUUGCUAGUCGACGAUUUACACCUGUACCUCCAACGAUUCCCGAAGAAGCAGCAGUUGAUGCUAUCGAACAAGCACCAAGACAUCUCGAACAAACGACGUUGCUUCACGACGAAGAAGAAAGUUUUGCUUUAGCACCAGUUGACGCAUCAGCUCUAAAAGGUUUCACCAAAGCUAAACGCAAGCGUAAACUUAUUGUCGAUGAAGUCAAAAAUAUAUCCGGAGAAGAAAUGAAAGCACAAUUGUCAGAUACCAGUGAUAUCGUGACAACUUUAGAUCUCGCGCCGCCUACGAAAAGACUUAUGCAUUGGAAGGAAACUGGAGGCGUUGAAAAAUUAUUUGCUCUUCCUGCAAGACCGAUCCCAGCCCGAGUCCUGUUCAAAAAUUACCAGCGACACUUGACGAGCAAGUCGUACGACCACGAGGACUUUGGAAGAAUGGCUGGCGAUGACGACAGCCUUUCGCUGGAGCAAAUGCGAGACGGUGAUGUUGACCCAGCUUCUUUUGACCAGAGUUCCAUUGGAAAGCGGAUGAGCCGCAAGCGUAAAGCUCCCGCGGAUGAGGAACCCCUUGUGCAGCCGAUGAGGACGCCGGGACCACCUCCUCCAGUGCCGAUGGAAGAAACGCCAAUGGAGACCGUCGAGCCGACACGAUUGUCCGCUCCACCACCGGUCAUUCCACCUCCCGCUCAAUCUCCAGCGCAGUCCGAGGUGUCUUUACCUGCAGAGCCUUCUAUUCCUCUCAUAGAACCCUCUAUGGAGGCUACGGAGAUGCCCCAGAUUCCUCCCGCGGAUGUUAGUUCGCUGCUAGGAGAAGAACCGCUUCAGCCCGCUGACUCCAUGAUGGAGAACAUGGGCUAUGACCAAGCGCAACCUCAGGUGUCUUACAUGGGCUUUGAUGAAAAUCAACCCCCUGUAAAUACACCUGGUGGUAUUUCUGAAAGAGGUCCCGCUUCACCUUGGAACCAUGAAGAUUAUGAAUUUCCUCCCUCUGUUGGUCCACAAGAAGAACAACAAGUUGAUGAAACAUAUGAGCAAUUUGAAGAACGUGUCCUUAAUAAAAGAGCUGCUCAUAUGUACCAAGUUAUUAAAAAUAAAUUAGAUGGUAAAGAUAGAUUAACCUUAGGAGAGAUGUCAUAUAAAAAUUCACGUAAACAGGCUGCACAGAAAUUUUAUACUUUGUUAGUUUUGAAAAAAUUCCAAGUAUUAGAACUGAAUCAAGAGUACUCUUACGCAGAAAUCUUGGUUACCAAAGGCCCGAAAUGGGAAAACCCAUCGUUAUAAGAGUAACCGGGACUUAUUUAAAAUAAAAUAACUGCACCAAUUCUAUAUUAAAGAGAGUAAUAAAUAAUUGGAUGCAAUAAUGUUGCCUUAUUAACAGGCAAUUGAUGCUUGGAUUUUUUUUUCUACUAAAAAUCUUUAAAAAUUCCACUGAUACAUUAAGAAUGAAGAAUAUAGUACAUCAUCAGUUAAUUAGGUUUAUAUUUCACAUUAACUACAUUGAGCACACCGUAUAAAUAUAAAUAUAUUUAUUUCAUUUAA